CUUGGGGCUGGCUCUGCGCCGCGCAGGCUUUCGGCCUGUCUGUCUCCGGUUUCGGGUGGGCGGUUGUGCGCUGCUGUUUUCAGUGAAGAGUUAGCAGGGUGAUGGCGGGGGUCCCGUCCAACCCUAACAACCCUGUCGUUUUCUUCGAUAUCACCAUCGGCGGCCAGGAGGUGGGGCGCAUGAAGAUUGAACUGUUUGCUGAUGUAGUGCCAAGGGUAGCAGAGAACAUCAGGCAGUUCUGCACUGGAGAAUUCAGGAAGGACGGUGUUCCUGUAGGUUAUAAAGGAAGUACAUUUCACAGGGUAAUCAAGGACUUCAUGAUACAAGGGGGUGACUUUGUAAAUGGAGAUGGGACUGGUGUAUGUAGUAUUUAUAGAGGACCGUUUGCAGAUGAAAACUUCAAACUGAAACACAGUGUCCCUGGUCUCUUAUCCAUGGCAAACAGUGGCCCAAAUACAAAUGGUUGUCAGUUCUUCAUCACAUGUUCUAAAUGUGAUUGGCUUGAUGGGAAGCAUGUUGUUUUUGGUAAAAUAAUUGAUGGAUUGCUUGUAAUGAGGAAAAUUGAGAAUGUUCCUACUGGACCCAGCAACAAGCCGAAACUUCCUGUGGUAAUUGCACAAUGUGGAGAAAUGUAGAGUUUACUGAAACAAGAGAAGAAUCCAGCUCUUCGCUAUUUAAGAAGUGUAAAGUGACCUGCUUUAUGACCUGCACACGAUUGUGCUAGAGUUCAGAGCCAGAGGUUUAAAGUAUUAACGAGCACAAUCUGGGAUUUUGACAACCAGGUUUAAUUUAACCCGAGGCCUAGGUGUAUAGAAAAUUUCUAUGCUAUGAAUAAGUCACUCCAAAACCAUUUCCCUCUUUUAAAAAUAAAAACAUCAUUGUAGUAGAGUUCUUGUCUAGAACCUCAGCUUGAGACACAAAUUUUCCCUGGUGAAAUUUGAGUCUUCCGAAGCAUUUUUUUUCUGGAAAUAUAUUCAUGUAUAUACAAAGUCCAGUGAGUCCCUGUCAGUGAAAUCUGAAUUUAAUUGUCUUUGUAACAACUAAGACAUCAAAUCAUUCAUUUUUGUUUUUUUGAAAAGUAGUUUGUACUAUCUGCCAAAUUUGUAAACUUCCCAUUUAGGGAGAACAGGAUGUUAAUAUUUUUGCAGCUGUCAUGAUUUGUAAUUUUAUAUUUCAGUCUCAGUUUAUAUUUACUUUUCUUUUGAACUUUAAGAAUUAUGUAUACCGUAACAUCUGAAAUAAAACAUUUUGGUAGAAUGUUAUUUAGUGAGUGAGUGAUAAAUCCCUGUAUUAACCAUUUCAUGGGUUUCUUUUAUGUGUAAGUUUAGGAACCAAAAUGUUGUAUGAAUGAGUGAACGUUUGAAUUUCAUUAGUCUCUGUUUUCCACAAUUAAUGCAAUUUAAAUUUUUGAUUUCUGGUUAAGUAUGAGCACUGGCAUCAAUAAAAAGGGAUCUGGCCCAAAAUAACUGGUCAGAAGUUAACAAAUAGACGGAUAGAAGUUGUCAAACAUAAAAUACGAAAUAAGUGUUUUCAUAAGACCAAAUAUGGUUACAACAAAGAAUGAGUGUCUUAGCUAAUGAGAGAGCUCUAUACUAAAUUGAACACCUGUAAAAAAGAAUUACUACCAGUACAUUUACUUAUUUGGUAUUAUAAAACUGGAGUAUCGUUUGAAAAAUAUUAAUUUUGUAAGAGCAUUCAUCAGGGCAAUUCUCAAGAAACAUCCAGUAUAAAAAGAAAACACCAUUUAUAAUGUAGGAUAGAGAUGGUUAAUUUGCAAGUGAACUCUGGUGGACAAAUUUCCAUGAAGAAUGCACCAGUUAAUGAUGACUGACAGUUCAUUGUCAAUCUUUGUCUAAGUUUUAAACCAAGCAAGUUGACUCUUAAUUGGUUACGGCAUUGCCACGCAAAAUAAACCAGUGAGUACCUAAUAACCAUUGUCUGAGUUGAAGUAAGUGUAUUGUAUGUACCUGAUCUUUCUGUCUGCAAAGAACAGGGCCUUAUGUGUAAAUGUAUGUAACUCCCACUACUGGGAAGUAGCCACACUAACAACCCGACAGACAACCUUGUAGUUAGUCAGUCAACCAUCUGUGCCGUUACGUUUCUGUGUAAGACAUCCAGAAGUACUUUUAACAAGUCUCUUGAAGCAGCUUAUUAAAUGCCAUCUGAAAAUCCA